AUGGACAAUCCUACAAAUAAAAGAUGGAUGUAUUGUGAAAGAGUUAGCAAAGAAUAUUUGGAUAGAGUAGAGGAUUUUUUAAAUCAUGCCUUUUCUGAAAAACAAGAUGGAGAAAAAAUUGCAUGUCCUUGUACGGAGUGUGUGCUUAUCCAUCAAGUUAAUCGGGCUACAACAUAUGAUCAUCUUGUGGUUAAUGGUAUUAUACCAUCAUAUGAUACUUGCUUUUGUCAUGGUGAAUCUCUAAAGGGAUCAAACAAUGCUGAAGCAAAUAAUCGCAGUCAGUCAACUCAAAGGGGCGAUGAUAUGAGAGGAAUGAUACAUGAUGUAUUUGCAGGUGUUACACAGUUCAUGGAUACUUUUGACGUUAGUGAAUUAGGUGGCAUAGAGCAAGACUUACAAGAGAAUACUGCUCAUCCAUCUGGAAAUCAACCUCAUCCAGAGGUGGAUAAGUUUGAACGGCUCAUGAAGGAGGCAAAUGAAGAAUUAUAUCCUGGAUGUACGAAGUUUAGCAAACUCUCCUUUUUGCUGCAUUUGUAUUGUACAAAAUGCAUGUUCAAGUGGUCAAGUGAAUCUUUUAGUUCUUUGCUUGGACUAUUGAAAGAUGCAUUGCCUGAAGGAGAAAAAUUACCUCCUUCUUUCUAUGAGACCAAAAAGAUAGUUGAAGGCUUGGGCUUAAAGUAUGAAAAAAUCCAUGCUUGUCCCAACGAUUGCAUGCUUUUUAGGAAAGAGUUUGCUAAUAAGAAUGUUAAUGAAUGCAAAGUAUGUGGGGCUUCUAGAUGGAAAAAUGAUGCCAGAAAAAUUCCAGCCAAGGUCUUAAGGUAUUUUCCUUUAAAACCAAGGCUACAGAGAUUGUUUAUGUCUUCAGAAACUUCUAAAGCAAUGCGAUGGCAUCAUGAUGAGCGCACCAAAGAUGGAGUUUUACGACAUCCUGCAGAUUCUGAAGCUUGGAAAAAUUUCGAUGGUAAAUAUCCCGAAUUUGCUGGAGACCCUCGCAAUGUGCGCCUAGGAUUAGCUUCUGAUGGGUUUAAUCCAUUUGGCACAAUGCGAACUGUUCACAGUACAUGGCCAGUGAUUUUAAUGCCAUAUAAUCUUCCACCAUGGAUGUGCAUGAAACAAGAGUUCUUCAUAUUGUCCUUACUUAUUCCUGGACCAAAAGCACCUGGCUAUAAUAUUGAUGUCUUUUUGCAACCUUUAAUCGAAGAGUUAAAUGAAUUGUGGGAUGUCGGGGUAGAAACAUAUGAUGCCUCGACUAAGGAGAUAUUUCAAAUGCGAGCUGCUCUCAUGUGGACUAUAAAUGAUUUUCCAGCAUAUGGUAAUCUCUCUGGAUGGUCCACUUAUGGUCGGUUUGCCUGCCCUUCUUGUAACAUAAAUACUCAAUCUAGACGGCUCAAACAUGGUAGAAAGUUUUGUUAUAUGGGGCAUCGACGCUUCUUGAAGUCGGGACACAAAUAUCGAAAUGAUGCAAAAUCGUUUGAUGGGACUAAAGAAACAAGACAUUCACCUUGUCCAGUAUCUGGGUCACUAGUGUUGAAUCAAGUUAAAGAUAUAGAAUUUACUCUCGGCCAGUCGAGUGAAGGGGUAAGUGGUGUGAUGAAAAAUACAUGGAAAAAGAGGAGUAUUUUCUUCAAUCUUCCUUAUUGUAAGUCUAACUUGGUGCGCCAUAAUCUUGAUGUGAUGCACAUAGAAAAGAAUGUGUGUGAUAACUUACUUUAUACAUUAUUGGAUCUUGGUAAAAAGUCAAAAGACAACUUAGAAGCUCGAUUGGACUUGAAGGAGAUGAAAAUAAGACCAAGUUUAUGGCCUCAAUAUCGAGCUAUUGGGAAAGCAUAUCUUCCUCCUACUUUCUUCACAAUGUCUCAGAAGGAAAAAGAGUUAUUUUAUGAAGUACUACUAAAUGCCAAGUUUCCAUAUGGCUAUGCGUCUAAUAUCUCACGUUGCAUUCGCAAACGAAAGAUAUUUGGGCUAAAAACUCAUGAUUGUCAUGUUAUAAUGCAAGAACUUCUUCCUCUUGCCUUGCGGAGAUCAGUAGAUAAAAGAGUUAGGUCCAUUUUAAUUGAAUUAUGCACAUUCUUUCGUGUUCUAUGUAGAAAAGAACUAAAACUAGAAGAUUUAAAGUUAUUUGAAGAAAAAAUUCCAGAAACAUUAUCUACUAUGGAGAAACUUUUCCUCCCAGGAUUCUUUACUGUUAUGAUACACUUGGUUAUUCACUUGGCAACUGAGGCUAAAUAUGCGGGGCCAGUACAUUGUCGCUGGAUAUACCCUAUUGAGAGGUAUUUGGGUACUUUAAAAUCAUAUGUUCGUAAUCGUGCAUGUCCAGAAGGUUCCAUAGCAGAAGCAUACAUAGCAAAUAAGUGUAUGGCAUUUUGCUCACGAUAUUUGGAGGGUGGAGAUUCAAGGUCUUAUUGUUCAAGAAAAUGCGCCAAUGAGAUUGGGCAGGAGACUAGUAAAGAAGAAUGUCUUUUUCCAAAUAGUGGGGAGUCGUACGGUGGAGUAGGUGUAUUUGAGUUGGAUGCAAAAAUAUGGUUGCAAGAACAUCGGCAUGUAAAUUUUAAUUGCGAGUCAGAGGUGGUUGAGAAUUAUAAAAAGGAACAUAUUGCUGAAAUCAAGAGAUCACAUCAUAAGUGUCGUUUGACACAACAUCAACUUGACCUUGUGCAUUUCGAUACAUUUCACGAGUGGUUCAAGGAGCAAAUAAAGGAGUUGGAAGCCACAUCUAACAUCUUAAAGGAUGUUAAAGUCCUUGCACAAGGGCCGAGUUACAUUGCCAAAAGAUUCAGUGCGUUCGAUGUAAAUAACGAGUAUCGAUUCCGAACGAAACAAAGUGAAGAAUUUAAGGUGACACAAAAUAGUGGUGUUAUGGUCGUUUCAAAGACUGAAAGUUAUGCAAGUAGAGGAGUUAAGGAAGACGACUUGGGGUUCACACUUGUGAAUUUCUCACGCCUAACAGACUCUGGCGAUCGAGAACGUCAUGAGCCCUUUAUUUUUGCAGAACAAGCUCAACAAGUUAUAUUUGUACAAGAUCCUGAAGAUCAUGAAUGGUUUGUCCCUAGGUUAAUUAAACCUCGAGAUAUUUUUAAUAUGGGAGAGGAAAAUAGUGUGCAGUUUGAGUCAUCAAUGCAAAGUGAUGCCACUGACUUGGCUCUUUUAGAAAAUGCUCGUGUUAUGGAAGAUGAGUACAAUGAUUGGGUAAUAAGUGGUGUCGAUGGGAUAGUAAUUGAUAUUGAAAAUGACGGUGAAGCUAAUGUUGAGGGAGGAAAUGACAUUAAAAACGAAUGUGAUUCUGAAUAG